AUGUCAAAAGAUGCAACUAAGCUGGCUAAUUUUGGGAGCGCUUUCUUCAGAGGUGACUUCACACCGAGACGCAUCGUUCAAUACCUCGGCACAACCAAGUAUCACAUCCCAGAGACUGCUUCGAGGCAUAUUCCAGGCAAAGGAAGCAUGUAG